AACCUAGAAUUUUCAAAGAGCGGAUAGCUUGGAUAGUUUGACCGGCGUUGCCAAACCCUCGGUGGUUGCUAGGAGAUUGUAAACAGUAGCGUUACUCAUUUGCACUGUCAGUGAUACUGAAAAUACUAGCUAGUAGCUGAGUUAGAGCAUCUCAUAUAGCAUUGUUAUCAUAUUUCCCUAAAGGUAAAACACAGUUAUUCGAGAUGUCAUGUAGAGCUAAAAUGCCGCGACUGUAAUUAUGCUUGCCAGUAACCAUGCCUCUUCCGGACACUAUGUUUUGCGUCCAGCAAAUCAACAUUCCACCUGAGCUUCCUGACAUUUUAAAACAGUUCACGAAAGCUGCCAUCAGAACGCAGCCACACGAUGUCCUGCAAUGGUCGGCUGCUUAUUUUAUUGCUUUGUCAAAGGGAGAAACCCUUCCUGUUAAAGAGAGACUUGAGAUGCCUGUAGCAACCCAAAAGACAGACACUGGACUCACCCCAGGGCUUCUGAAGACCCUACAUAAACAGCUUGCACUAAAAGAGAUUGUUACAAAGGAGGAGCUGCUUGAGAAGUGGAAAGGUCUUUGCCUACCAAAGGAACAACUAGAAAGCAUUCUGGCACUUGGAAGCUUUUCAGCCAGUGUUGACUGGAUGAAGUUCUUUGCUCUUGGCUGCAGUGCCCUUGGUGGAACUAUUCUCAGCGCUAUGAAGCAGGCCUGUGAAAUCCUCACUCAGGACCCAGAGGGUGGUGCAGCUCGCAUCCCCUAUGACACCUUUGUCAGUCUCUAUACCUAUCUUGUUAAUCUGGAUGGAGAGAUCCCCCCGGAUGAGAUCGAUGGCUUCCUGGCCAGCCUGCAGGAGGAUGUGGAACGCCAGGGAGGUAUGGUGCAGCCAUCAAACUUUGCUGGUCCCAAACGUGUUGAAAUUUUUGAGUGACGCCAUUGGCUGGUCGCUUUCCGAUACUGUAUCCUUCAGUGGUUUGAAUUCUUUACCAGAUGUCAAAUUAUCCACUCGUGGAGAAUGCUGUGUCUUUUGGGCAUUCACAGUUGGCAAUAUGAGCAGAAGACUCUACUUGUGACCUGAGGUUCACUGAGGGGAAACUCUGGUGGGGCACAUGCAUUGUGCCUUAUGCUGUAAAUGCUCCUCUGUGUUAAUGGAUUACAGAAUAAAUGUUGCAUGAUGUUGCAAGCCUACCACACAAGCACAUUUGUUAAUAUGUUGUACUUUUUACUUCAGGUUCUCUUAAAAAACUAACCUGAACUGAAUAGUACAACAAAUGAAAAAGUCUCUUAGCACAUCUGCUAAAUCUGCAGCUUCAACCUCUGUGUUUCAAUGUUGUGGCUGCUCCAAUUGUAUUUACUUCAAAAAUGGGUUUGAUUGUAAUUUCUUAGGUGUAUGUCUACUGAAAAUGUUAAACAAUAAUCUUUGGGCUAUCACCAGAUAAAACAAAACAA